AUGUUCUCUUACAUCACAAAGAAGGAAGGAUUCGCGCUUGGAUGGUCGGUACUCAAGCAGGGUGAUUUUGCCUCUGGAGAUCAAUCCCGGAAUAUCCACAUAUACAGAAUGCAUGAAGGUGGAACUUGGGUCGUCGAUCAACGUGCUCUCAACGCUCAUUCAGGUAAUUCGUAG